GCUUGCACCUAGCGCCGGUGACUGAACUGUAAAUGCAAUAUUAAAAUUUGAAAGUGGUUUAAAAACACUGAUCAAAUAAUGUCAGAUCUUGAAAAUUGGGGUGAGGAUGAUGAGGAUGAUUCCAACUAUGUUCUGCCAGCUGAAAUAGAAAAUGGGCAUCUAACUUCUAACACAGAAGGAGAUUCAGCUGACUCCUCAGAUGAUGAAAAUCCAAGUCCAACCAAUACUGGAGAAUUUGACACUGAUCUACCCACAGCGCAUAAGUAUUUGGGAAAAUUGAACAGUGUUAGUGGAUACACACUAUACGACGAUGGUGAAGUUGUCGACCUUUUGGCAGUAUAUACUACUACGAUGGUCUUUCCUGGAUUCACUCUGCCAUUGGUUAUAAAUAGCUAUGAGGAGUCUAUAAUGCAGAACUUCACCGAUCAAAAAAGUAUAUUUGUUCUGUUGUGUGCUAAUUCUACAUUCGAUGGCAUUUACAACUACGGUGUGACAAUGCAGAUAUACGAGUCUGAGAUGCGCAACUACUUCGUCAAUAUUAAGGCUAAGGGUCGGCAAAGAUGUAAACUGGUGCCGGGACGAGAAAUCAAGAAUUUGUCUGAGAGGUUGAAGCAAGUCACAGUGAGGGUGAUCGCCGAAUCUCCCAUUUCAUCCCCUCUUUGUGAUACACAAAUGCUCACGCUCAAGCAAAGGAGGCGGUUCACUUCGAGCAAGUUUAGUGAUAUACUCCAGGACUACAAGUAUAGGCGAUAUCAUUUCACGCAGUAUCCAUUCCCGUUUUGGGUGUACGACAAGUAUGAGAUCAGCUACUAUGUUAAACUGAUACAUGAAGGAAUGGCCGAUUAUCAUGGAGAGUACAUACCUAAGGAUCCACUACAAUUGAGCUAUUGGUUUGUACAAAAUUAUCAACUGAGUCAUGAUGAACGUUUGCACAUUCUAAAACUGAAUUCUACACUUGAACGGUUGAGGCUCGAGUAUAAGUUCCUGAAACUGGAAAGGACUAUUAAUUGCAAUAACUGUGGUAUCCUUCUAACAGAUCCUAGCAAAGUGUUUGCAAUGUCAAAGGAUGGUAUCCAGAGUAAUUAUGUAAAUCCUGGUGGGCACGUAUAUGAAACAGUGACAGUCAUUUCAGCAAAAAAUUUUCUGCUAGACGGGAAUCCUUCAAGGCAAUUUUCCUGGUUUCCAGGAUAUGCGUGGACAGUAAUGCAUUGCAAAAUAUGCUCAAAUCAUCUCGGAUGGAAAUUCACCAGUGAUGUACUGAGGCCGAAAGCUUUCUAUGGUUUGGCGAAAAACAGUUUCAAAGUAAUUAUCCACAAAAAACCGUCUUCUGAUCAUGAUCACGAUCACGAUCUCUGGCGAUGCGAAAGAAACACAUUUACUAACGACUACAUACAUUUAUAAGCAGUGAAUAAUAAAGGUAGUUUCAUCAAUAGUCAUUAUAUGACCCAAAUUCUACGAUAGUUUUUCAUAUGCAGGUGAAUCCUCAUUUAUUUCUCGGUAUAAAUAUUGAUUUGUUUUUUUCUUCAUUUGAUUUUCAAGAGGUAUAACAAUCUUUGAAAAUAUAUGUGAUUCAUGUACAAAUAUGUAUUAUAGAGAACAAAAUGUGAUUUAUGUUUGAAUAAAAUAACGUUACACAAUAA